AUGGUCAACGCUAUUGAUUUUUUAUAUUAUUAUUAUUAUUAUUAUUAUUAUGUAUUUAUUUUUAAUUACAGUAAAACACAACGAAAUGUAAUAUCAAAAAGAACACGUAUGAACGUAAUUGGAAGCGGACUUAUUCAAUUAAAUCGGUUUAAAAAAUGUUCAAAAACGUUUGUUUUAAAAAACGAUUAUAAUUUCAUAGACUUUAAUCAAUUUUUUGACUACGGUUUUGAAAUGAUUGUUUGUAAAUUAAAAAAAAUGACACAACAAACUAGUAUUAAAUUUAACUUAUAUCUCGACUGUGUUUAUGUACAUGUGUUAACACAGGAAUACCGAGAUAUUUCAUUUAAAACAGUGAAUGUGUUGGCAUAUACAAAUUCAAAUUUCGAAAAUUUAUUAAAAAAAAUGUUUGAUAAAAUUAACAAAGAGGAAAGUAAUUUUGUAACUAAAGGAAGUGGUUGGAGUUUAUAUUCAAUUGAUGCAUUACAAUUAAGAAUCAAUAUUGUAAACCCUUUAACCGGAUCUUCUUAUGUAAUUUUACCAGAAUGUAUAAGGAAUAAGAAAGCUGUUAUAAAUGUAAAAAAUAAUGAUAACAAAUGUUUCAAAUAUGCAAUUUUAACAAAAUAUAAUACUCGUUCAGAUAAAACUAAAUUUAGUAAUCAAUAUUUUAAAAUACUUGAAAAAAAAAGUAGAUUAAAUUUUCAUUGUAUCGAUUUUCCGACACCAGUUAAUCAAAUUAAAUCAUUUGAACGUUUAAAUAAUGUAUCAGUUAAUGUUUUUAGUUUAGAUAAUAAAAAUGUUGUUUUCCCAUUAUAUAUGAAUAAUGUGGAAAGUAAAAACCAUUUCGAUCUGCUUUUAAUUAAUAAUGGUAUAACGUCACAUUAUUGUUUUAUUAAUGAUUUUUGUAGACUUAUUCGUAAUCAAAAGACGAAACAUAAAUCUAAAUUAAUUAUAUGUAAAAGAUGUUUUACAGUUUUUAGUAAUAUUCCUUGUAAAUUCAAACUAUGGGGUAUUGAUGGGUUAAAAAAACAUAAAAAAAUUUGUGGAAAACAUAAACUUGGAAGACCUGUAAUGUUUGAUAACGGUGAUGACGAUACUAUUUAUUUUAAAAAUUUUAAAAGAUCUCAACGAAUACCUAUAGUAAUUUAUUCUGAUUUCGAAUGUUAUUUAAAACCUAUAAUAAACAACCAAGACAUUAAAACUAAGACAUUGAUAACUCAUAAACAUAAACCUAUGAGUUAUGCAUUUUACGUAAAAAUAGAUUAUGACAUUAUACCUAAAUAUUUAAUAAAAAAAUAUAAAAUUCCAACAAAACUUCAUGUUUAUAGAAAUCGUAAUGCAGCAAAAUUUCAUAAAGACAAUGAUAGAUAUAGGUUCAAAAAGUCUCUUAGUUCACUAGCUGAUAAUUUAUCUGAAGACAAAACUAGAUUUAGAGAAACAUUAAAAAUAUUUUCUUUGUCGACAUUAAAUUUAGUUACACGAAAAGGUGUGUUUCCUUAUGAAUAUAUUGACCAUCCUAAUAAAUUAAAUGAAACUUGUUUACCACCAAAACAGUUUUUUUAUAAUUCAUUAAAAGAUGAAGAUAUUAGUGAUGAAGAUUAUGCGCAUGCUCAUAAGGUUUGGAAAAAAUUUAAUAUAAAAACAUUAGGAGAAUAUAGUGACUUAUACUUAGCAACAGAUGUAUGUUUACUUUCUGAUGUUUUUGAAAAUUUUAGAGAUCUUUGUUUACAAACACUUAAACUCGAUGCUUCACAUUUUAUGACCGCUCCAGGAUUUGCAUUCGAUUUAUGA